UUAGAACAGAAGAAUAAAUUAGAGUUUUAGUUUAACACAACAUUUUCCCCUUUCUCGAUUUGGUCUCUCUCCAAAAAGUAAAACCCUCACUGCCCCAACAACACUGUAGACUAGACGAGACUCUUUCUUCCUCUUCCUCCAUGGAUCUGCAAUUCCUUCCUACCAUCUCCUUUUGAAGCUCAGUUAAGCUCAAUCAAUCACUCCAACCAGCGAUCAGACUUCAUAAUUGCAUUUCCUUCAAGCUCGCAGCUGGGGCGGAAGUUGUAGCAGGGAAGAAGAGGGAAGUUUUGUUGUUUUGUGGUUUUGUUUUUACAACAUUUUGAUGAGUAGCAGUGAUAAUUAGAGUGAAAUCUGGGGAAUUAAAUUUGAACGAUGAAGAUCCCGAGUUGUUCCGUGUGCCAGAAUUCGUACAACGAGGAGGAGCGGUGCCCGCUGUUGCUCCAAUGCGGCCACGGCUACUGUCGGGAGUGCCUUUCCAGAUUGUUCUCGGCGUCUCCGGACACCAACUUAUCGUGUCCCCGCUGCCGCCACGUGUCCCUUGUUGGCAACUCGGUUACUGCCCUCAAGAAGAACUACGCAAUCCUUGCUCUAAUCCGCGACUCCUCCGCCAGGGAUUCCAGUGACGAGGAGGAGGAGGAGGAGGAGGAAGAUGGGGGGGAGGAUCUUCGUGAUAAUGGAGGAGGCAGGGAGGAGCGGGAGCUGGACCGGAGACGCAAAUCCCGCUCAGCUUUGAGCUCCGGGUGCGGGGUUGAGGCUGGAGGGAGGAUAGAGCUAACUGCACACCCGGAAGUGAGAUUAAUUAGGAGGAUUAGUGGGGAGACUAAGAAGCCUGGAGUGGAGAUUUGGGCGGCGGUGGUGCUGGGCGACCACAGUGGUGGUCGGCGGGAGCGGUGCCGUCACAGGGUUGUGGUUAAGAAGGUGACAAUAGGAGAGGAGAUGGAUCUAGUUUGGGUACAGGAGAAGCUGGAGAAAUUGAAGAGGGGAUCCAUGUGGUGUAGAAAUGUGUGUGCUUUUCACGGUGUAACAAAGAUCGACAGCAGUUUGUGUUUGGUUAUGGAUAGGUGUAAGGGUUCUGUCCAAACUGAGAUGCACCGGAAUGAAGGCCGCCUCACACUUGAGCAAAUCCUCAGAUAUGGGGCAGACAUUGCUCGUGGGGUGGCUGAACUACAUGCAGCUGGUAUUGUUUGUAUGAAUAUAAAACCAUCCAAUCUUCUCUUAGAUGUGAAUGGUCAUGCAAUGGUUUCAGACUAUGGGCUUCCAGCAAUUCUAAAGAAACCUGCUUGCCGGAAGGCUCGAUUAGAGUCCGAGUCUUCAAAAAUCCAUUCAUGCAUGGAUUGCACAAUGCUUAGCCCAAACUACACUGCUCCUGAAGCGUGGGAGCCAGUAAAGAAAUCAUUGAAUCUUUUUUGGGAUGGUUCCAUUGGAAUAUCUCCAGAGUCGGAUGCCUGGAGCUUUGGAUGUACAUUGGUGGAAAUGUGCACCGGUUCAAUUCCGUGGGCUGGCUUAAGCACUGAAGAAGUAUAUCAGGCUGUUGUGAAGGCACGGAAACAACCUCCUCAGUAUGCAGGUGUAGUGGGUGUUGGUAUACCUCCAGAGUUGUGGAAGAUGAUUGGUGAAUGUCUGCAAUUCAAGGCUUCAAGAAGACCGUCCUUUAAUGCAAUGUUGGCAAUAUUUCUUCGCUACUUGCAAGGAAUUCCACGUAGUCCUCCCGCAAGCCCUGAUAACGACUUCAAUCAGUAUUCUGGAACCAAUGGGAUGGCUCACCCUUUGGCAUCAGAUUUGGAGGUUUCCCUGGAUGUUAACAGUCUUCUGCAUAGAUUUGUUUCUGAAGGGAAUUUAAAUGGAGUUCGAGAAUUGCUUGGAAAGACUCACAAAGGGCAAGGUGGCAACUCGGUACGUUCUCUACUUGAAGCACAAAACCCUGAUGGCCAAACUGCUCUCCAUCUUGCUUGUAGACGGGGUAGUGUGGAACUUGUAGAGGCUAUUCUAGAAUACACAGAGGCAAAUGUUGAUGUCCUGGACAAAGAUGGUGAUCCUCCACUUGUAUUUGCUCUGGCAGCUGGAUCGCCUGACUGUGUUCGUGCUCUUAUCAAGAGACAAGCUAAUGUCCGUUCUAGAUUGAGGGAAGGGCUUGGCCCAUCUGUUGCCCAUGUUUGUGCCUACCAUGGACAACCAGAUUGCAUGCGUGAGUUAUUACUGGCGGGAGCUGAUCCAAAUGCAGUUGAUGACGAAGGUGAAUCUGUGCUUCAUAGAGCUGUUGCUAAGAAAUUCAUAGACUGUGCUAUUGUCAUUCUAGAAAAUGGAGGCUGUGAAUCAAUGGGUAUCAUGAACUCAAAAAGUUUGACACCACUACACUUGUGCAUAGCAACAUGGAAUGUUGCUGUUGUCAAAAGAUGGGUAGAACUUGCAUCUAGUGAAGAGAUAGUUAGUGCCAUUGAUAUUCCAAGCCCUGUUGGGACUGCAUUGUGUAUGGCUGCUGCUUUGAAGAAAGAUCGUGAACCAGAGGGGAGAGAACUGGUAAAAAUACUUUUAGCUGCUGGAGCAGAUCCAACUGCUCAAGAUACCCAGCAUUUUCGAACAGCUCUGCAUACUGCUGCUAUGAUCAAUGAUCUUGAGUUGGUCAAGAUCAUUCUCGACUCUGGAGUUGAUGUAAACAUCAGGAAUGUGCACAAUACCAUACCUCUUCAUGUGGCACUGAAUAGAGGUGCAAAAUCAUGUGUUGGGUUGCUUCUAUCUGCUGGGGCAAAUUGCAACUUGCAGGACGAUGAAGGAGACAAUGCUUUCCAUAUUGCAGCUUUUUCAGCAAAUAUGAUACGCGAGAAUCUUGAGUGGAUUAGCAUCAUGCUUAGGCAUCCUGAUAGUGCAGUUGAAGCUAGAAAUCACAGCGGCAAAACAUUACGUGACUACUUAGAAGCUUUGCCUCGUGAAUGGAUUUCUGAAGAUUUAAUGGAGGCUCUUAUGGAGAAGGGAGUUUAUUUGUCUCCAACAAUAUAUGAUAUAGGAGACUGGGUGAAAUUUAAGAGACGUGUCACAACACCUAGCUUUGGCUGGCAAGGUGCAAAACAUAAGAGUGUGGGUUUCGUGCAAAAUGUCCUGGAUAAGGACAAUCUCAUUGUUUCCUUUUGCUCUGGAGAAGGCAAAGAAGCCCGAGUACUAGCAGAUGAAGUUGUCAAAGUGAUUCCACUAGACAGGGGGCAUCAUGUACGGCUUAAGCCUGAUGUCAAAGAACCAAGAUUUGGUUGGCGUGGCCAGGCACGCGACAGUAUCGGAACUGUAUUGUGUGUUGAUGACGAUGGUGUUCUUCGUGUUGGGUUUCCUGGAGCAUCUAGAGGAUGGAAAGCUGAUCCUGCAGAAAUGGAACGGGUGGAGGAAUUCAAGGUUGGGGAUUGGGUUCGUAUUCGUCCCAAUCUUACAUCAGCUAAACAUGGAUUAGGAUCCGUAACUCCCGGAAGCAUUGGUAUAGUAUACUGCAUACGACCAGAUAACAGUCUGUUGUUGGAACUAUGCUACCUUCCUCACCCAUGGCACUGUGAGCCAGAGGAAGUUGAGCCUGUUGAACCAUUCAGAAUUCAUGAUCGGGUCUGUGUGAAGCGAUCUGUUGCUGAACCAAGAUAUGCUUGGGGUGGGGAAACACAUCACAGUGUUGGAAGAGUAAUCGAUAUAGAGGCUGAUGGUUUAUUGAUUAUUGAAAUUCCCAACAGGCCUAUACCAUGGCAGGCUGACCCUUCUGACAUGGAAAAGGUCGAGGAUUUCAAGGUAGGUGACUGGGUCAGAGUAAAGGCUUCAGUAACCUCACCAAAGUACGGUUGGGAGGACAUAACGAGGAAUAGCAUUGGUGUAAUCCACAGCUUGGAAGAGGAUGGUGAUGUGGGAAUUGCCUUUUGCUUCAGGAGCAAACCAUUCUCUUGUUCAGUGACUGACAUUGAGAAGGUGUCUCCUUUUGAAGUUGAACAAGAGAUUCGUGUAAUGCCAUCUGUUACUCAGCCAAGGCUUGGAUGGUCAAAUGAGACACCGGCUACUGUAGGAAAAAUUGUGAGAAUUGACAUGGAUGGUACUUUGAAUGCUACUGUUGCUGGGAGACAAAGUUUCUGGAAGGUGUCUCCUGGAGAUGCAGAAUUACUUCCAGGAUUUGAAGUAGGUGAUUGGGUACGUUCAAAACCAAGCUUGGGGGCAAGGCCCAGUUAUGACUGGUACAGCAUUGGGAAAGAGGGCUUAGCUGUUGUACAUAGUGUACAGGAUACUGGUUAUUUAGAGCUGGCUUGUUGCUUCCGGAAAGGGAGGUGGAUUACUCAUUACACUGAUGUUGAAAAGGUUUGUGGUUUUCGAGUUGGGCAGCAUGUUAGGUUUCGGGCUGGACUUGUUGAGCCAAGGUGGGGCUGGAGAGGUACUCAACCAGAUUCACGGGGUGUGAUAACAGGUGUUAAUGCUGAUGGUGAAGUGAGGGUCGCAUUUUUUGGUUUACAGGGUUUCUGGAGAGGGGAUCCUGUUGAUCUUGAGAUAGAGCAGAUUUUUGAAGUAGGGGACUGGGUGAAGUUGAGAGAAAAUGUGCAGAGUUGGAAAUCAAUUGGGCCAGGGAGCAUUGGAGUUGUGCAAGGCAUUAUUUACGAAGGAAAUGAAUGGGAUGGAAAUAUAUCUGUGGCUUUUUGUGGAGAACAAGAUCACUGGGUGGGGCAUUACAGUCAUAUUGAAAGAGUGAAUAAGAUCCUUGUUGGUCAGCGGGUUAAGGUAAAAAACUGUGUAAAACAGCCAAGAUUUGGGUGGUCAGGACAUAGUCACGUGAAUGUUGGAAGUAUAUCAGGAAUUGAUGGAGAUGGAAAGCUGAGAAUCUAUACGCCAGCAGGGUCAAAAUCAUGGAUGCUGGAUCCUUCAGAAGUAGAUGUUGUGGAGGAAGAGGAAAUUCGAAUUGGUGAGUGGGUUAAGGUGAGGGCAAGUGUUUCAACCCCAACACACCAGUGGGGAGAUGUUAGUCAUUCAAGCAUUGGGGUAGUGCACCGGAUAGAAGAUGGGGGAGAUGUUUGGGUGGCAUUCUGCUUUCUGGAUAGGCUAUGGAUUUGCAAGGCAUGUGAACUGGAAAGGAUUAGACGGUUUAAAGUUGGGGACAAGGUGAAGAUCAGAGAAGGGCUGGUGGCACCUAGGUGGGGAUGGGGAAUGGAGACUCACGCAAGCAGAGGUGAGGUGGUUGGAGUAGACGCAAAUGGGAAACUGAGGAUCAAGUUCCAAUGGCGAGAAGGGAAACCUUGGAUUGGGGACCCUGCUGAUAUUGUUAUUUACGAGCCCCAGCCUUGUACUAAUGCUCCUGCAUAAACAAACAUUUUGUUAUCUUUUUUAGCCUUGAGGUCAUGCCUCGGUCGUGGAAGAGCUGAGCACUGCCUGCUCUUCUCUGCUACUACGAGGCAAUGUUGGUCAAGGUAAACUUGAGACUGGCCCAGGAGAGGAUGUUAACGAACAAAGAAUGAAAAGGGCAUGACAAGUAGAUGAGUUUAAGAUUUGGAUCAACUUGGGACCAACCAUUAUGGCUGCUGACAUUGCUUAAGCUGGAUGGAGAUGGAGCAUCUAGUCUAAGUAUAUAAUACAAGAUAUAUUUUUAUGAUGUAAUGUAUAAAAUCUUGCCAUUUUUUGGUUGUGUAGUUCUUUCAUUAGGAUUUUUUUUUUCUUGUUAAUUAUUAUCUUUUCUCUUAUUGCUGCAAUCUUUCUUAGCCAACACUAUAUUUUACUACAUUGUAAAGUUCACUGAGCUGUUAGAAUAGAAUGAUGUAAACUUUAAUUUGUUUAGA